UUUUCAUUAACGGCACAAGUUACGAACACAUUUUGUAGCUUGGCUGCCUUGAAUGUCAUUUCAAUGCCAUAAUUGUGUUUUCUACGUUGGCCGUCAAUCUGUCUGUACUAAAGCACGCAAGUCCGCUCUUGCGGAUUCGGCCUAGAAUACAUACAUCACUUCCAUCAUGCAGCAGAGGUAGCAUUCUCGACGCCCGGGCGGGCUUCUUUAUUCAAAGUCGGAAUUUAGCUUUUCGGUUCGGGAUUUCAAGUAUGGAUUUUCCUGAUGAAAGAGCUGCGGCGGAAUCAAAGGUUGAAAUGGAGAAAAAAACACCGUUUCCAGCACGAGACAAAUCGCCGAGCGAGAGACCACGAGAAGCUCCCCUGCCCAUUGACCUCGCCGCAGAAACGCCACAUGAAGUUCCGAGACGAAUACACAUACUCGGUACCGGCAGCAUUGGCAGGCUCGUAGCACACUCCCUUCGUGACCUGCCAGACCCUCCUCCAGUAACACUCAUUCUCCAUUCAUCCUAUUAUUGGCAUGAAUGGCAGCGAUCAAGCAAGGAGAUCACAAUCAACACAGAAGGUAUAAGAGUUGCCCGAUCUGGAUUCGAUGUGGAGUAUGUACCAGCUGGUUUUCGACAACAUGGAAAACUCAUCUCAAAAGAAGAGCACAAUGCUGGAGUCGGUGAGCCAAAUCAAUUACGGGCACAUGAACGUAUGAAGAUGCGAAAAGACGAGGACGUCAACACAGGAAUACAUAUUCCUGAAGGGUCAACGAGUGAAGAGCCUAUCUACAAUCUCAUCGUCUCUGUAAAAGCUGGAACCACUGUUCCCGCUCUACUUGGAGUUAGGCACCGCCUAGGCCCUGACUCGGCAAUUCUUUUCCUCCAAAACGGCAUGGGACAGAUUGAUGAAGUCAAUGAAGAGGUCUUCCCCGAUCCCAGCACACGACCAAAGUAUCUCUCUGGUAUUGUGUCACACGGUGUACACACUGCAGAUAAAAUCGGUCCUCUGGAUGCAACACAUGCCGGCUUUGGCACCAUCGCCAUCGGCGUGCCCAUUUCCAAGGAUCAAACAGGCCGAGACACAGCGGCAACAGAAGAAACUUUCCUGGACGGCACUUCCCCCGCUUCGCGGUAUCUCCUUCGGACCAUAUGUCGCUCUCCGACACUUGCCGCUGUUCCAAAUUCACCGACUGAACUGCUUCAAGCCCAAUUAGAUAAACUGGCCAUGAACGCAAUCGUUAACCCGAUCACCGCCUUGAUGGACGCUCGAAAUGGCGCCUUAAUUCAUAACUUUGCACUUACUCGGGCAAUGCGUCUGCUUCUCGGAGAGAUAAGCCUUGUGAUCCGUUCUUUGCCAGAAAUUGCCCAUCUUCCCAACACAGGGACACGUUUCUCCCCGGAGAGACUAGAAACAUUGGUUGUGAGCAUUGCACACAAAACUAGCAACAACAUCAGCAGUAUGUUAGCGGAUACGAGGGCUGGAAAUCAGACAGAGAUACAAUAUAUCAAUGGGUAUAUCGUGAAGAGAGGAGAGGAACUCGGCAUCACUUGUUGGAUGAAUUAUCUAAUCUGUCAACUAGUGAGGGGCAAGCAGCAAUUGAUCAGUUUGGAGCGGCAAGAUGAACUGCCUCUCUCUGGACAGCGAAAGGAUGAUGUAUCGGGGAAGAUUUGACGGUGCUAUUCAGACCAGGGUUCAAGUUUAUGAAUAGCUUAGUUGAGCAUUUAUUAACUUUUUCCAUUCAGACGUCAAAUCGUGUAGCAUGGCGCCAAUUAGGUCCGAGCCGAAGAGAACGAAUUUUCACGAAUUGAGUUCAGGUGAAAUUGAUUAGCAGGCUUUAAAAUCUUGCAUUCGAUCUCAAUGCUAUCUGAGUUUUAAAUCCCC